CGUUCAAAUAUAGCGAUCAAACGCCGCACUGUGUUCCACGCUUGCCGCGACGAGAUACUUUUGCAAGAAGUCAACGACACUCCGGAGGGUCAGUUGCACCUGUAAAUUGAACGCCAAAUAUGUUGGUUGAACUCGACAGCAGCCACUUCUUCGGUACCGUAUCGGGCGGUGUAAAUCACCGCUCGAGGGGGGAAACCACAGUGAGUUAGUGGAGAUGCCUUUUUUUUGCGAGUGACCUUAACAUUUCGUAAGGACGCUUCGUUAGUUUGUCGCUCGUUAAAGGACGGUUAUGGAAGCUUAAAAAAUAGUGUCUUGUUUCGAAAAAUGCCCGAUUCCGGCAAGCGAAUGUAACCGAUAAGAAACCUUCAACUAUUGCUCGAUUGGUACACAGAACACACCAGGGAAUAACCCUCGGUCGCGUGUCACUUCCGCUGAUUACGAUCCGGUGCAUUCGCGCCGAAGGUGCAACUGCAAUGAUCUCUUAUCCAUUCCACGCAAGCCCUUAACGAACGUGCACGGCCCCACCCGUCCUGUGCGCAUUAGCAUUAGUAUUAGUAGCGGGUAAUUUGCACCGUCAACGACACCACCCAGCGACGGAGGGUGGAUUACUCAUCAUUGGCUGGCGCAAACGGUCGGCAAAUGCAUGCGAGAUCAAAUGCGGUUCAAAAAGCAUCAAACCCGCCAAACACGUGCUACUGCUGCUGUCACAUUGAGAAAGCAUGCGCGCAUACCGCGCUCUCUCUCACACGAACAAACGUAAGGGUAGUAGACGGUGGUUGUUGCUAUAGCAGCUACUAAUCAUGCGUUGACACCGGCGAAGGUAACGCAGCUUGGUUCGUUCUCUGAGCGCGCUCACUUUUGUUCGUUCUCACUCGCUCUCUCUCCCGUUCUCCUGGUUUGCGCGCGAACUUGAAUGGUUGCACAUGGUCGGAGGUAAACAAUGCCGGCUUUGCUACGAUGAUGAUGCUGCCCCCCUGUGGGAGAGAAGCACAUAUUUCUUCCGCUACACUGGCGGGGUUCUGUUUUCUGUUGCGCCAAACGUUACCCGCCUUGUGUCAAUCGUUGUGCAUUUAUAAAACGUGCUCGCGGAAGAACUAUAAUGGCGAGUACAUCGUAGACAGCGCAGCCAACACCACGCGAGCUCAGGAUUGGCACACGGUGCAUCGGUACGGCUAAACGGCAGCAACUAAAACAGUGCGUCAAAUACCGAGCUUGAGCUCGAGUGGUGAAGGUUUUGGGGAGCGAUUGUGUAGUUUUCAAAUUUAACCACAACUCACAACCAUGUUUCGUCUGGUGCGGAAUCGCUGGUGUCUUGCGUCGGUUGUGUUGACCCUCAGCCAGCUGACGACCAUCGAAGGGCAGAUAAGUCUAUCAUCCGUACCGUGCGGACGACAGCAGCAACGGAUCGUCGGUGGUGUGAACUCGAACCGCGGUCAGAUAACGUACAUUGCCAGCCUCACCAAACGGGGUGGCCAUUUCUGUGGUGCAUCGAUCGUCAACGAACGAUGGCUCCUGACGGCUGGACACUGUGUCUGCAGCGGUGCUAGUAAGGUGCUGCGUGCCAAUCAAAUCCAGGCCGUGCUGGGCCUCUACCGAAGGUCCGAAUUCAGUGGCAUCAAUCAAAUCGAUGCGGAUCCGUUCGCCGACCGUGCUUACGAGGUGGGCAUACGGACGAUCGUACCCCAUCCCGGAUACAGCUGCGACAAACCGUCGAACGAUAUCGCACUGCUCGAGCUGGCCAGACAAAUCGACUUCACCGCAUCGGUACGGCCGAUUUGUCUGUCGAGCGGUUCGGACGGGUCAGCCCGUGUCGAGGGACGGACGGCAGUGGUGGCCGGUUGGGGUUGGCAGCAGGAAAACCGCAACCUGGGCGAUAAGGCCGAUACCCUGCAGCGGGCGGUUGUGGAUGUGUUCCGGAACGAGGAAUGCGAAAGCAUGUACCGGCGAGGCAAUCGAUCGAGAACGAUCGCUCGGACGCAACUGUGCGCCGGCAAGGGAACGGGUGGAGUCGAUGCGUGUUGGGCCGAUUCCGGUGGCCCACUGGUGACGAGCGACAACGUGCUGAUUGGUAUCGUGUCCACUGGGAUUGGUUGUGCCCGGCCAGGAUUUCCUGGCAUUUACACACGGGUAAGCGAGUACGCCGGGUGGAUCGUAACGGUGAUCGAUCGGUUUAAUAAUAGAAGGUAACGCUUGAGAGAGAGAGAGAGAGAGAGAGAGAGAGAGAGAGAGAGAGAGCGAGCCAAACAUUCACAGUAUUAAUUGUUUCUGGUAAACAAUACCACUCUCUAGUCACUUUUAUUUACCUUAAUAGUGCAUUUAAACAAAGUCAUAUUUGAAUGCUAUUGGGGCUAUGUACCUUAUUUAUACCUUUUCUUGAGGCCAAUGUUUAACUAUUAAGAAGGAUAAUUUAUUUGUUCAAAUAAAUGAACAAAUGAAGACACUA